CAACAGCAUCUCUAUUUCUCUCUCUCUCUCAAGAAUUCACACACACACACACACACACACACACACACAUUCUCUCUCACGUGAAGAAAAUGGCUUCUCUAAACUUCCACACCAUGGCCAUCGCGCCCGCCAUCAGCGCCAUGAAAAACACCCUAGCCUUCAUAAAAAAAGGCCACGAACACACCCUCUCCAACAACAUCGACCCCGAAACCUUCCUCACAGCAUCUCUACACCCAGAUAUGAAGGACUUCCGGUUCCAAGUCUACCGCUUGACCGACGCCGUCAAGUUCAUGCCGCCCCGCAUCAACCCAGCGCUCGAAACCAUCACGCUGCCAGAUGAUGAAAAGACGUUCGAGGAACUGGAGGCUCGCAUCGAGAAGACACUCAAGUAUCUUGAAAGCUUCAAGCCCGCCGAUUUUGAGGGCAAAGAGGCGAAUGAGGUGCUGAUGAAGUUUCCAAGUGGCUUGCAGAUAAGGUUGCCGGCCUUGGAUUAUGUGUACAAGUUUGCGCAUCCGAAUAUGUGGUUCCAUAUAACAACUGCAUAUGGCAUUCUCAGGAUGAAGGGUGUGGAUGUCGGCAAGUUUGACUUUUUGAAUGGAGCGAAAGAAAUCGUGAUUGAACAGGGGGAGGAGCAAAAAUAGACGACAAAUCAUUGAAAGUUUCUAUGGAAAGAGAAAGUAUUUCUUCAUAACUAAGUCCCACUGUUGUCAAUACUAAAUACCCACUCCGUGACUACAUCACCAACUAGCGCGUCCAUGGCGCUGCUCUGCGAG